AUGAAAUAUCCAUCAUGGUCCGUUCUGGAAUUUUACAUAUUAAAAGUUACCGUUAAACGUAUGGAUGCCGAUGAUGUUGUGGAAAGUUGCAGUCGUAAGACAUCAGAACCAAAACAAUUAUCAAGCCCUUGGUUCAAUGGAAGAUGGUUUGAAUCUUUUAUCCGAAGUCAAGACAUGGUGCAGGAAAUAUUACGACGUAAGAUCUCAGGAAAAGUAGCUCCGUAUACCAAGACAUGCGGACGAUGUGGGACGUUGAACAACAUAUUGGGUGUUAAAAAGCUUUUAAUUGUGGCCUUUGUAGUUAAAAGUUGA